UCAAUUUUGGUUCCACCACCUAAAACUGAAACUUUCCUGCUUACGAAAAAUGAAAUGACCGGGCUGAUUCCUCCGUCUAUCUGCAAUUUGAGUUCCCUUAUGUAUCUUUCCUUGUCUGACAACAAUUUGAAAGGAAGAAUUCCACAAUGUUUCGGAAGUCUUGGGCUUUUUAUGUUGCACUUGCAGAAGAAUAAUCUUCACGGUAGCAUUCCUGGCACAUUUGCAAAUUUAAGCUACUUGACGAGUCUUGAUCUUAAUGGUAACAAGUUGGAAGGGCGUUUGCCAAGAUCCUUGGUAAAUUGUAGUUUACUGGAGGUUAUCAAUGUAGGAAAUAACACCAUACGCGAUGAAUUUCCUCAUUGGUUGGGAACUCUUCCAGAGCUCAAAGUUCUUGUCUUGAGGUCUAAUAAAUUUCAUGGUCCCAUACAUUAUUCCAAAUCUCUUUUCCAUUUCUCCAACUUGCAGAUUCUAGACCUCUCUCACAACGAAUUCAAAGGUUUUCUGCCCAGAAAAUUGUUUCUAAAUUUGCGAGCUAUGAUGCACGUUGCUAAUAAUGAACCUGAGGCCCAGUAUAUUGGAGAUUAUUACAGAGAUUCUGUGGUUGUGACUAUGAAAGGGCUGGAUAUUGAAAUGACUUGUAUCAUAACGAUCUUUACAGCCAUUGAUCUCUCACACAAUAAUUUUCAGGGAGAGAUUCCAGGAAUCCUUCAAAAUUUCAAAUCACUCAUUGUCCUGAAUUUUGCUCACAAUAGUCUAACGGGAGAAAUACCAUCUGCAUUGGAGAAUUUAAAAGCUCUUGAAUCAUUAGAUCUCUCUUCAAACAAGCUUUAUGGAAGCAUUCCUGCGCAAUUGGAAAGUCUAACAUUCCUCUCAUUGUUAAAUCUUUCCUAUAAUCAACUUUCAGGAACCAUCCCUCGAGGCGGUCAAUUUGACACAUUUACAAGCGAUUACUUCAUUGGGAAUAAAGGAUUAUGUGGAAGGCCAUUGCCAAAGAAAUGUUACAACGAUCUGAAGCUGCAACCACCACCGCCAAUUUCAGAAGGAGAAGAUGAUAAUACAAUUGAAUUUGUUUGGAAAAUUGCAAUGAUGGGUUAUGGAAGUGGGCUCGUGAUUGGGUUGUCCAUAGGAUACAUUGUGUUCUCAACAGGCAAACCUUGGUGGCUCGUAAAAAUGGUUGAAUCUGGACAACAGAAGAUUGUUAGAAGAUAUGGAAGGUGAAGAAAUCCAAGAAAAACACACUAAA